AUGACAUCCCCCAAUCCCCUGAUACUACAGCCCAUGACGCUAGAGGACAACGCCGCCCUGACAGAGCUCUGGUUCGCGGCCUUCUCAGACCCCGAGAUGCGCCAAGUAUUCCCCGACACGCCCGGCGUGCGCAAAUGGCUAGAAGACGCCAAUGGCCACGACAUGCUCAACAAGCCAUUCCAGCGCUAUGUGAAAGUCGUGGACACCACGGCCACAGACGACCAGGGCCGACUGCGAAUAGCGGCCUACGCGAAGUGGGAUUUGGCGAUGCCUCACGAGCGCGGACGACGAUAUCCGCCUUGGCACGAGGAUAUGCCUGCGGAUGUGUGCGACAGGUUUUUUCUCAAGGAGGAGAAGAAUCGGAUGCGUGUGAUGGGUGAUCAGAAGCAUUUCUACCUGGACACCGUCGCUACGCACCCGGACUACCAACGGCGAGGGGCGGGCUCUAUGCUUGUCAAGUGGGGAUGUGAUCUGGCCGAUGCGGAGGGAGUUGGGGCAUAUGUGGAUGCCAGUAAGGAUGGUGCACCCUUGUAUGCCAAGUUUGGAUUUGUAGAUUACAGUAACCCGGGUGAAGAGAUUGCCUCGAUGGCUCGGCGAUAG